AUGAUCCUGCUUCCUCAUUUGGACUCAUUCACCUCAGCUGACACAUUCAACAGCAGACAGGUUUUUGUAGCAGUCUGUCUCACUGUGGGAGUGCCAGGAGAGAGCUACUCCUACGUCUCUGGCCACCCCAUCUUGGGCUCUGGAACUAAACUGUAUGUAACAGAUGAGCAGGUAGUGAAGCCCGUGGUGAGCGUGUACCCAGCAGCAUCCAGAGCCCACCUGGAGGGGAACAGCUCCCUGCUGUGUGUGGCCUCAGCCAUGUUUCCUCCUCUGGUCCAGUUCUCCUGGAAAAGACAGAAGAAGAACGGCGGAGAACCGGAAGAGCUGCCCCCUGCUGAGGGAGAGCAGCUGGAGCUCAGAGAGGUGGGACGCACCAUUGCCAUCAGGAUGGUUGAUGGGAGUGAUUCUGACACAUAUAAAUACAGCUGCUGGGUGAAGCACGAGGGGGGCACAGUGGAGGCCCAAACACAACAAGAGGUUCCAGCUCCAGCAGCCUCCUGUCCUCCAGAGAGAGAGCCAGCAGACCUGCCAGCUCUGCAGCCAGCUGACUUGUCCUUCCAGUCUCAGUGCAGGGUGAAGCUGCUCUGCCUGCUGUACACAGUGCUGAUAGUGAAGAGUCUGGUGUACUGCUGUGGACUCUCUCUGCUGAUGAUCCUCACAAACAAGGGACCGUCCACCAACUGCACACAUGCUGACUGACUGUUUUCUGCUCGCCUUUUCUCACCAUCAGAUUUCCUGGCUCAGCAGUCAGAAACAUAAAUCAACUUCUACUUG